UAUGUAUGAUAAGUGCUGCUACUAUGACCAUGUCCCCGAGCGAGAAAGAAGCAAUCGCCGCAUCAGAGCUUAGUUGCACAAAACAAACAAUGGAGGGGGCGGGAGCAGCAGCGCUACGGUGGAGCCAGGUGGGCUCGCCGCUGGCGUGGUCGUUCCCGGCGAUGCUGUUCACGGUGGCGGCCAUGGCGGCCGGUGCAUUCGCUGUGUAUUUCUACGCGCCGUCAUGGCGGCUGCGCAGGGUCCCCGGGCCCCUCGCCUACGGCCUCCUCGGCCACCUGCCGCUGCUGGACAAGCAUGGCUCGCAGGCGUUCGGCGUCCUCGCAAAGCGAUACGGGCCUAUCUACAGGUUUUACAUGGGCAGGCAGCCGGUGGUGGUGGUCGCCGACCCGGAGCUGUGCAGGGAGGCCGGCAUCAAGAAGUUCAAGAGCAUGGUCGACAGGAGCGUGCCGGUCACCAUCGCUAGCUCGCCCAUCCAAUACAAGAGCCUCCUCUUCACCAAGGGCUCGACAUGGCAAGCCAUGCGGAACGUGAUCAUCUCCAUCUACCAGCCGUCGCAUCUGGCGAGCCUCAUCCCGGCGAUCCAGCCAUACAUCGAGCGGGCGGGCAGCCUGUUCUUCCCCGGCGAGGAGAUCACCUUCUCCGACCUCUCCAUCAGGCUCUUCACCGACGUCAUCGGCCAGGCCGCCUUCGGCGUCGACUUCGGCCUCACCAACGAACAAGGAGGAGAGAAAGGCAUCGACGGCGCCGUGUCGGGCGACUUCAUCCAGAAGCACCUGUACGCCACCACGUCGCUCAAGAUGGACCUCUCAGGCUCCCUAUCCAUGGUCGCCGGCACGUUCCUGCCGGCGCUCCAGGAGCCGCUGCGGCAGCUGCUGCUGCGCGUGCCGGGCUCCGUGGACCAGCGGAUGGACGACAGCAACGCGUCGCUCAGCGCUGAGCUCGACGGCAUCGUGGCGGAGCGGACGGCGCAGGCGAACAGCCGGAGGGACGGACAGAAGAACUUCCUCUCCGUGCUGCUCAACGCCAUAGAAACCAGCGAGUCCAUGAGGGAGCUCUUCACGCCGGACUACGUGAGCGCGCUCACCUACGAGCACCUUAUCGCAGGCUCCGGCACCAUGUCCUUCACGCUGUCGAGCCUGGCCUACCUCGUGGCGAUGCACCCGGUGGUGGAGGAGAAGCUGCUCCGGGAGAUCGACGCGUUUGAGCCCAAGAACACGGCGCCCGACGCCGACGACCUCCGCACCAAGUUCCCCUAUCUGGAGCAGGUUUUGAAGGAGACCAUGAGAUUCUUUGUUGGGUCCCCGGUGCUCUCAAGGGAAGCAACCGACGACGUUGAGAUUGGAGGCUAUUUCCUGCCUAAGGGAACUUGGGUGUGGCUAGCGUCGGAAGUGCUAGGAAGAGACCCGGAGCAGUUCCAGGAGCCCGACGCAUUUCGUCCGGAGCGCUUCGAUCCCGAGAGCGAGGAGUGCAAGCGGAGGCACCCCUACGCGUUCAUCCCCUUCGGCAUCGGCCCUCGAUCGUGCCCCGGCCAGAAGUUUGCGUUCCAGCAGCUCAAACUCGUCGUCAUAUACCUCUACGGGCGCUAUGUCUUCAGGCACUCCCCCAGCAUGGAGUCUCCACUGCAGCUGCAAUUCUCCAUCAUCACCAACUUCAAGCACGGUGUUAAGCUCCAGGUCAUCGACAGGAAGGCAUGAUGUGUGUGUGCACGCAUGCACGCCUACAAACUACUCCUUAUUUCUGUUGUUGUUAAAUUCACUUUGCAACCCCACACUUAUUAAUUAGUUGUGUUCCAUUGGUC